AGAAUCACAACAGGAAAAAAAGUUGCAUCCUCCCUGAUCCACACAAUUUGGAGCUUGGGGGUCGUAUCGUAUUGCUUUGAGCGAUCGAGCACACUUCCUGCAAUGCAAUGCAAUGCAACGGCCCCAACUACAACUGCCACGGUGUAGCAGUAGUAGAAUAUAUCUUAUCCAGACAUAUCCAAGUGUAGCGCUCCCAUAGGCGGGGUUGGCCGGCGACGAAUCUAUUCCAUCCACUGCAGGUGAUCCACAUCACAACAAAUCCACGGCGUCUCAUCCCGUCCUCUCGCCGCGCGUCCCUGUCCGCGCCGCGCGCCUUCUCCGCACCACAAAACCAGGGGCAGCGCAGCCACAAAUCCCCAUUGCAGCAGCUGACAGACUCAACCGACCGACAGACAGACAUGGCCGCCUCCACCGUCUCCGGCCUCGCCGGCGCCUCCUCCCUGGCCAGCCGCCCGGCUUUCUCCACCAGCUUCACGAGGGGCAGCCGGGUGUCGGCGAGGAACCCGCUGAUGACGAGGAACCUGGAGAGGAACGGCAGGAUCACCUGCAUGACGUUUCCCCGGGACUGGCUGCGGAGGGACCUGAGCAUCAUCGGGUAUGGGCUGAUCGGCUGGAUGGGCCCGUCCAGCAUCCCGGCCAUCAACGGCAACAGCCUCACGGGGCUCUUCUUCUCCAGCAUCGGCGAGGAGCUGGCGCACUUCCCCACGCCGCCGCCCGUCACCUCCCAGUUCUGGCUGUGGCUAGUCACGUGGCACCUGGGUCUCUUCAUCGUGCUCACCUUCGGCCAGAUCGGCUUCAAGGGCAGGACAGAGGACUACUUCGAGAAGUGAUCAGCGCGCGGCCACGAUCGAUCAAGCUCCGAUCCAUGCAUCGUCUCUGAUAUGAUGCUGCGUUGCGUUCCGCUGCGUGCGUGCCGCAGCAACCAGCAAUCGAUCGAACCUUUGCUGUAUAAUAGUAUAUGAUGGUUCUGAUUUGGUUCAAAAAUGUGUGAUAUGCUACUUUUGAGCUCAAAAAAUGUAAAUCUAUGCCGCGCGCCCCCUGCACGCUCUGGUUCAAUUUGAUGAAUCUAUAGCAAGCUAGUCUUCUCUCAAA